AUGACACAGCUUUCCACUAAACUCUCCAUCCCUCAUCAAGCGGCGCCAGAGCUAUCCAUAGUGGGCGUGCUUGAGCAAGUGGCCCCCGAUCAGCCCACCUCCGGACGUAAACUGGCACUCAUUUUGCAUGGCACCUUGGGGCACAAAGACUAUCUUUUCCUCAAGCGUCUUGCCUUGCGCUUGCCCAUUGAUUCAUUUCGGUUUGAUUUUCGAGGCAAUCAUGAAACCGGAGGGACGUGGAAGCAAGGAGCGAUACACGAAGAUAUCGAGGAUCUGUUGCUUGUGGUCGAACACCUGAAGAAGACAUACGGAUAUGUCGUCGAUCUGGUAGUUGGUCAUUCCCGAGGUUCGAUCGUCGGUUUCCAUUGGAUCAGCCACUACCCCGACGGUCGAUCAGUCAGCGCAUUCGUCAACGCCUCUGGCCGAUACAGGAUGCAGUCACCCGCGGGGCAGGUAUGGAAAUCUAGCUUCAAUGCCAAGGGAUACCACGAAUGGCAGGUCACAGUGGCCCGAAAGGCCGUGACGGCAAGGAUACAUCCCACCGACGUGGAACAGUUCGUGAGCUGGGAUACAUCAUUUGUGUGGGACAAGUUUCCUAGCACUGUCGAUGUAUUUACCCUGCACGGGCUCUCAGACAAUACUGUUCCCCCGUACGAUGCUGUGAUUUACGCGAGGGCUCUCAGCAGCAGGACUCCCGGCACGCACACUCUUCACUUGAUGGAAGACGCCGAUCAUAAUUUCACGGGUAGGCAAGACGAGGUCGUCGAUGUUAUUCUUGAUUGGUGGGAGACGAGGUCGCGGGGAGGUCUCACAUCGGGUUUGUGGCUACAAGGAAUAAGGGGCAAAUUAUAG